CAGUCUUGAAAAUGGCCGACGUUCGAUAGCGGCCAGGUCAGACAGGCAGCUAACUUCUUGUAAUUAGUGAAUGAUAUCGUGACUAUGGAGUGCUUAAUGUGGUGCACAGAGCUAGCCAAUGGUAGUUAUGUUAAGUGUGACCGCACCGUGCUGGCUUAAGGUGUGAAUAUGACGAUGAAAAUAGCUGUGGAGUUUGUGUGAAGGCGGUGGGUAGCCAGUCGCUGCCUCUCAGUCGGUGAAGGUUUGAAGUAAUAUUACGGUCCGUCGCCUGAAUUUCCUCCAAGAUGUGGAAUAUGAUGUGUGAUGUGAUGCCUACCAUAGCUGAGGACAGCAUCUCCCAGAGGGGAUCGCAGUUUAGCGGAGAUGACGCUAAUUUUGAACAGCUUAUGGUGUCGAUGCUGGACGAGAGGGACAAGCUCCUCGACACCAUUCGCGAGACCCAGGAGAGGCUGAGCGAGCUGGAGACCAAGUACCAGGAGCUGGAGAAGGAGCGAGACAGCCUGCAGCGGCAGCUAGACGCCAAUCUGCCCCAGGAGUUCGCCACGCUGACGAAGGAGCUGAACGGCGCGCGGGAGCAGUUGCUGGAACGUGACGAAGAGAUCACCGAACUCAAGGCUGAGAGGAACAACACCAGGCUGCUAUUAGAGCACUUGGAGUGUCUGGUCUCGCGGCACGAACGCUCGCUCAGGAUGACGGUGGUGAAGCGGCAGGCAGCAUCACAGUCGGGUGUCUCCUCCGAGGUCGAGGUUCUCAAGGCACUCAAGUCCCUCUUUGAACACCACAAGGCCCUCGAUGAGAAGGUGCGUGAGAGACUACGUGUGUCUUUGGAGCGAGUCGCUACACUGGAGGAAGAUCUGAACCAUACCAGGGAUGAGCUAACCCAGUACAAGUUGGGUAAAGUUCCUGGAGAUGGCGCAGAGAGUAACCGUGUCAAUGGGGAGACAGAAUCCACCGAUGGUGUUAGCAGUGGUGGAUUGGGCAGUGCAAGUAAUGGUGAUGGCUCUCCCUCGGGUGGGGAGGCAGCAGCUGGUGGGGGACUUGAUGCAGAUGGUCCCUCCCACAACAAGUUGGUCGAUCUACAGACUUCUCUCGACAAGCAGACAGCAGAACUGAAUGCAGCAAGGGAGCGAGUGCGAGACCUUCAGAAUCGGUUGCAGGAGAUGGAGGAGGACCUGCAGGUCACUCAAAAGGAGCUAGUCAAAGCCCAGGAGAUCAAUGCACGCCUCCAGAGAGACCUCAAGGAGAAUGUCGCCCAAAAAGAGGAUCAAGAGGAACGCAUUGCCACCUUAGAGAAGAGAUACCUAAAUGCUCAGAGGGAGUCAACAUCCUUACAUGACCUUAAUGAAAAAUUAGAAGAAGAAUUAAAAAAUAAAGAAGCUCAGUAUAAACUGCAAGAGGACAAGAUUCGAGCACUACAAGAAAAGGUUGAGCUGAGUGAGCAGAAACUAGCGCAGUACGCCAAGUUACCGGAUGUAGAGCAAGAGCUGAAGCAGAGAAUGGAGGCUCUUCACCAGGUGCAGGAAAAACAUGGGAGUGCAGAGGACCGCAUACAGCGCUUAGAGAACCAGCUAGAUGAGAAAGGAGCCGAGCUCCUACGGUUAAAUCAACGCCUCAAGAUGAACGAAGAACACAACUCAAGACUGUCAGCCACUGUUGAUAAACUAUUGCAAGAGUCCAAUGAAAGGUUGCAAGUACACUUGAAGGAGAGAAUGCAUGCCCUAGAGGAGAAGAAUGCUCUCACAGCUGAACUGGAAAGAACAAGAAAGUUCCUAGAGGAUUCCUCUCAAGAAAAAAGUGAAAUAUUGAAAGAAUUGUCAAGACGGCAACUUGAAGCAGAACAACUGAAGCAACAAAUGUUGCAACAAGAGAUAGCCUUCAAUAUUAAACAAACUGAAGCAUUAACAAGGUCCGUAUCGCCAACGGGAGGGGAAUUUGUCCGCAGCACAUCUCAUUCUAGUUUUGACUCAAGAUCUCUGCCCCGGCGUGCGCCAUCAGCACCACCUACACAGAAACGGACGACUGUGCUUGAUGAAGAUAACAAUCAGGUUGAACGAGAAUGGGAGUUGCAUGGUGGUCACAUCCAACAUUCAUUCAGUGGGGAAGGUGGGGAUCUGUCUGAUGGUGAUGCAGAAGAUGCAGACUCCUUGUUCUCCCACAUAGAUAUGAUCUCACCAUCACAUCAAACUGAUGCUCAGACUCUGGCAAUCAUGUUACAAGAACAGCUGGAUGCCAUUAACAAUGAAAUAAGCGACCUUAUGGGGGGGACAAGAGGUUCUGUGGGAGGGACAGAGGCUUAUUGGGAAAUGAUCUCUCCCCAUCCCCCCCCAUCGUGGGAAACCCUGUCUGAACAGCAAAGCAGAUUAAUUCAGGAAGAGAAACAAACCACAGAGGCACGGGCAGAAGAGCUAGAAUCUCGAGUGGGUAGUGUAGAACACAUGAUGCUCCGAGGACGGUCCAUAGAACGCCCUUCUCCUCCUAUUUCUGGUCGGUCUACUCCCAAGUCUCAUCAUUCACCGUCUCGUGAUUAUCUUCAAAAAUACCACACUGCCCCGGCUGGCAUGUCUCCUUCCCAUAUGUACCAGUACAUGAAUGAUCGACGACUCUCGGGGGGAUCUCUGCCCGGCUCCCAGGGCAACUUAUCCAACAUGAAUAGAGUUGAUGGGCGUGAUGAUAAUCAAGUGUCGCUUGGAAUGCGUGGUGAAGGUUCUCCACCAACUCCACGUUCACUGCGACUGGCACCGGGCCCAGCAAUGGUUCCACCCACCAGUCUUGUACCUGGGAGCAAUAACCUGGGAGGAUUGGGCAGUGGACCUCCAUCCCAGUUGGUCAACCUGGCAGCAUCCUCUGAAGAUCUGAGGAGGUACACUCAUGUGCCUGACCACUCACCUGCCUCUGCUCUCACGCCUGCUCUCCAUCACCACCCCUACUCACCAGGACCCAGUGUUGGCACCCCUGGUCAGGCCCACAACCCAUCAAACUGCAGCCUUCUCUCCAGCCCCAUGCUCAGAGGUGCAGGUGGUGAGUCCUCUCACUCUACACCCUCCCCCCUCUCUUCCCACCACAGUAGUCAAGACUCCCUUCACAAGAGUGUCAUCAAUCAACCUAAGAAAAAGGGAAUCAAGUCAUCUAUAGGGCGUUUCUUCAGUAAAAAAGAUAAGGUUAAAAUGAAGGAGGCUCUUCAACACCCGGGUGGAGGUGGCUUAAGCUCUUCAGGGAUCUACAGCGAUGGUGACAUUGGCUCAUCAGACUCUUUAUCUUUAGCUGGUUUAGGACAAAAAUCAGAUAUUGAUAGACGCACCAAAAAGAAUUUACCUGGAUAUAGACAUGAAUUAUUAGCUGAAGCUAUGAAGGCUGGAACUCCAUUUGCAUUAUGGAAUGGUCCAACUAUUGUUGCUUGGCUAGAACUUUGGGUUGGAAUGCCCGCCUGGUAUGUAGCAGCUUGUCGAGCAAAUGUCAAAUCUGGAGCCAUAAUGUCUGCCUUGAGCGAUGCAGAAAUUCAGCGAGAGAUCGGCAUAUCUAAUCCACUGCACCGCCUCAAACUGAGACUAGCUAUUCAAGAAAUGGUGUCCUUGACGUCGCCAUCAGCUCCCAAGACUUCUCGCACUACAUUAGCCUUUGGUGAUAUGAACCACGAGUGGGUUGGUAAUGAGUGGCUUCCUGCGUUAGGGCUCCCUCAGUACCGGACUACCUUCAUGGAAUGUUUAGUGGAUGCAAGAAUGCUUGAUCAUCUCACCAAAAAAGAUCUGAGAGGACAACUUAAAAUGGUUGACUCUUUUCAUAGAACAUCCCUUCAAUUUGGUAUCACAGCAUUAAAGAAAGUCAACUAUGAUCGUGUGGCCCUCGAGGACAGGAGACGAGCAUGUGAAGAAGAAAAUCUAGACGUUUUAGUGUGGACCAAUGACCGUGUUAUAAAGUGGAUUACUUUCAUAGGUCUCAAAGAAUAUGCAAAUAACCUCAUAGAAUCUGGAGUUCAUGGUGCAUUAGUAGCCUUGGACGAGAGCUUUGACUACAAUGCUCUUGCUCUUGCUUUACAAAUUCCUACACAAAACACUCAGGCAAGACAAUUAUUAGAUCAGGAAUUUCGUAGUCUGCUUUCAACUGGAACAGAUCGAACAGACAUAAAUAAAUCUUGAUAUGAGGCCCCCGCAGCUAAGGAUGCUGAAGCUAGACUUGUUUAACAAAUCCAAAGAAGAAGGGCAGGAUGACCAGCAACAACAGAACCCAUGGUUGUUGUUCAUGCCCUUAAUUUCCCAGCCUCACCUUUACCCAACCCUACAAUAGUAGUUAAUUCCUUCUACUGUUGACUCCAUACAGGUGAUGUUGAUUGGUCUAGGGUGUAUAAUAAGGGCAAAUUACUCUGGUGAUUUACUGUCAUACACAAAACUGCAUGCUGUUGCUUGUUAUGGGGUUUGGGCACUGUAGUAGACUGCAAGUGUCCUGAGCUGGACUCGGAUCCCUUGGAGGAUCGCGUAUCGUCUGCCUUGUCAUUUAUAUUCACUAAGAGCUUCUGCAGUCUGUGUGUGUUUCACUCACUGGUGAUGUAAAAGGUGAUUUUAUUAAGAUAAAUUGUUAGUGAAAUAACAAGCUGCAAAGACUGUGACAUUAUGGCAGUGCUAAAAGAAUCACCUUCUCGGAACCUCUAGUCGACGGUGGCUAUAAAUCAGCAGACGGUGAUGUGGUUUGGCAUGAUCUGUUAAUCUAAUACUUGAUGCUGGGUUUACCUUAGUGUUAAACAACUCAGCCUAGUUUGGUUGAAACUGCCUAGUACUGUGCAGGGCUGUGAAUCAGGAUAUAUUAUACUGAAUUGACAUAUUGAUAGAUAUACAAUGAUUGUUGUGUUAGUUGAAGCAGAUUGGUACUGUACAAUCAUGUCAAACACUUGCGACAUACACAGAAAGAUAGGGACCUUCAACUACACAAUAUAGAUAUGAGUCUAGCUGGUUUCUUCAAAGAAUGAGUUUGAUUGCCUGGUAAUGUUUGGGAAAUACAUUACCAGAUAAUGUGCUUAAGUAUAUACAGGAAUACAUGUUGUAUAGAAGUGUGAAUGAAGCAGUAAAUGGAAUGUUGGUGUGAAUUGCUAAAAGGGUGCAUGUGGAUAUAAAUGAGUAUUAAUGGAGCAUGUAGGUGUCAGUGAUGAUAUUUUGGGUCCUAUACAAGGAAGUGAAUAUUACCGGCUAGUCAUGUUGAGGCAUGUGAGUGAGGUUAUGUUGUCUGUAUGUGUAAUCUUUACCUGGUCCUGUAUAGGGGUGUCAUGUAUGUGUUUCAAAAAUUUCCAGAAAUUUUUAUUUUUUAGGCUUUUCAGUAAUUUAAAGGAUAUCAGUUAGGUGUUUUACACUAUGCAGAAUAAUUUGGUUGCUCAGUAUUGGGAAAUUAUAACUGAAAUGCAGAGGUAAUACAAGUUUGUGCUGUGCGUCCAGUGUGACUGGAACUGCCAGAUCAGGUACAAGACUUUUUAUUGCUAUUGAGUAAUGUUUAGCUCAUUUGGAGUACCUCCAGUUCAUCACAGGAAUACAGUAUAUGUGUAUCUGGUGCAAUGUCUGUACGCACAUAUGAUUUAUAAUGUAACCGUCUGUGUAUUGCCAUCAUUGUUGAAUCACAGUGUCUUGAUUUUAACUAUAUUAACUUGAGUCAGAUAAAGUGGAAAUUUGCAGGUGGAGGUGCAGAGCAGGAUAACGGCUAGUUAAGAAUAUGCAUGGUGACUAGAAGACAAAAACUAUCUUCCAUACUUUACAUGCCAAACUUGUCUUUGUAAUUAAUAUAUGUAAAAAAAAAAGUCUCCUCAUGAUCAAGAUCUUGGCAAACAGUGUCAAUCUGCUUAAAUGUUAUGAGUGAUAACUGGUCAGUUGUGUAUUGGAGUUUAUGAAGUGUACUUGCUGUUAUUAGGAAGACAGAGUUGGCCAGUUGACCUGUGAAUGAGCUAUGUUGUCAUAAGGAGCAGAUAUGGUCUGUACAAUGCACUUUACAUUGAUGUUGAGUAUGACUGAUUGUUUCUGUGAAACUUGUGUAAGUAGUGUCCCAUUCUCAACGUAAUGUUCAGUGUAAUGCCAGAUAUACUCACCUCACUGUUAUAUGUAAAGCUUCAUGUUUACCUGAUCAUCUUGACUGUAUUCAUUCAUGAUGUAACUUUAGUUUUACUUUCAUUUUGUUGUGGUGCUGUGUGGCUAUAGUCCCCCUACCCUCAACCCCUUUCCUUGAGAAAAGAAAAGCUUUCUGUACACCUAAUUUUGUGAUUCUACAAUAGCACUUUAAGAGUAUUGCUUUUAUAGUCCACAUUACCCAAGAGGUGAGAGACUUCGUUGUUGCUGGAAUGACUGGCUGGAUUUCUUUCAUCGUCCCUCUCACAAAAUGCAGCUUAAUUAUGGCCAACUGCCUCAUUUAUAGUCAUAAAGCUUUUUUUAUUGUAUUUAUUAAAUGUUCAAGAAAUCAUGCCAGUGAAAAGUUUUAUAUUAUUAUUUUAUAUUUCUCCUUUCUAUAUGUUUUUGUUAGAUAAGUAAAAUCUCACAAAAUAUUUAAAUGCGAUCUAAUGUCUAAAGUGUUAUCAAAGAUAAUAAUGAGGUCUUAUGUCAUUCAUCUGAAUACGUCAUAACUCUUGACUUCACUGAUUUAAGGUAUAUGAUAAGAAUUAAUUCUUUGACUCUUGACCUACAUGUGACUGACUUCCCAACUUCACUGCCUCUUGACUUUCACACGCAGAUCACUCUUGGUGUAUGUGAUUGGUGAGCCACUACAUUGGCAACAUUUCUGUGCCAUGCGGUCAUUCACAUACACAACAAAUGUAUGCUCAUUAUAUCCUUUCCUUGUAGCUGUAACCAAACUUAUCAUGAGUUUAGCUUACAAACUUAUAAGUUUUUACAUAACAGAAUUCUGCCAUCUUGCAGAUAUUUUAGCCGUGAACUCUUGUACAAAAUAGUUAUAUUAAAUUACAUCUAUUUUAAUACAUUACUUCUUGGUUGCAUUAAUAUUAUGUAAGUGUUCAUUCUUUUUUAUUUUCUAUAGAGGUAAAGGUAAACUCAGUUCUUCAUUUGAGGUUUUGCAUAAAUUGAUUGAUUGCUUCCAGCUCACUAAAAUUUGCAAUGUCAGAUCUUAUUGAAUAUUUUAUUUAUCAAAGAGGUCAGAUUUUCAAAAUUUGUACUUAUCACGAAACCAAAUUUAAAAACUGAUCAUUCUUAAUUAUUGCCUCUUCCAAAUAUUUUAGCUUAUUCCUCAAGUGGCCGUCACCACACAUAAAUAAUCUUGUUUUCAGAAAAUGGUAAACUGAAGCUUUUUAGCUACAGUUUAAGUUUUAUUUAAAUAAUUGUUCAACUCUUAAGGAAUACACAUUUUUCUCUCUCCACUGAUGACAGCUCAAAAUAUCAGCAAUACAUACUGUUCUGUGCUGGAGAGUUGCCAACAAUUCUUUUAUUAACCCUUAGACAGCAGUUAUCGUCAUAUGUUGAUUCAUGGGGUUAUGCCGUUAUUGUCAUACGAUGAUUUAAACAAUUAUUGUCUGGGUUUUACAUGUAUGAUGCUAUGAUGCAAAUAAGUAUAUAUAAUAGCUCUCUGUGGAUGCAAUAAAGUUUACCUUGACCCAUGACAAAAUCCUGCUAUUAUUUCAUGGUUACAUUACUAAGUGAAUGCGGUUAUUGUCACGAAUGUUUCUUGGUGAAUGCAUCAUCAUCAUUGUGUAAAAUUCCAUCAUAAUUACAUAUGUAUACCAAUGAUGUUCAUGUGGUUUUUCACAACUCUGUAUGGUUGUAAUGAGGUAUACCAGGUAAACGACUCAUUAAUUGAACCAUCAUGCGUUACAUUUACUAGGAGCGUAUUGUCAUCUGUGGUGGCAUAUUGGUGGCUUAAGCCUUUCUUUCAAUCUAUACUCUUGCCCAUAUGAUGCCAAUUAGGUCCUGACAUUGCCCAGAGCCCAACACCACUGUUUAUUAUGUUUACACACUUUUCACUACUCUCUACUGGUUGCAAUGGAGCAUACCAGGUAAACCAAUUAUCAGUUGAAACAUUAUCAUGUGUUAUGUGAAUUAUGUGAUUUAUCAAGUUAUUCAACACAUGUACUCUUGUAAAUAAAGAGAAACAAGUGUUAAACAAUCAGGGAAACAGCUGAGGAGAACACAGGAGCUUCAGUGGCAGCAAAGUUAGGCAUCGUGUGUUGACAGACGCCAGAACUAUUGCCACUGCAACGUUUCAGAGUGCCUCCAACUAGUAAAAUGUAAAAUAUUCACUUAUUUUCAUGUUUUUCUUAAAUUUUGCUUACAAAAUAAUAAUUCUAUAAAGAAAAAUUUUUUAAUGAAAUGAUUUUAUUUUUUGCGCAUAGGCAGGAAUUGACCAUUUUGAUAUAGCCGCUGUCUAAGGGUUAAAUAAUUUGUAAUGAAAACUUAAAAUAUCAACAUACUUAUUAAAUACAAAUCAUUGCAAAGUACCGUAUAUGCCGGCAUAUAAGUUGACAUGUGAAGCCAAAAAAUCUCUAAAACCAGGGGUCGACUGAAUACUCAGCCACUUAGACUGGACGGUAGAGCGAUGGUCUCGCUUCAUGCAGCUCAGCGUUCAAUCCCUGACCAUCGAAGUGGUUGGGCACCAUUCGUUCCCCCUGACCCAUCCCAAAUCCUUAUCCUGACCCCUUCCAAGUGCUAUGAAAUCGAAAUGGCUUGGCACUUCCCCUGAUAAUUAAAAAAAAAUUCCUGCUGAAUAUAAAAUGUGGAUGCUGUACACGCAUUGUACACCCCUUGCUAUAACUUUCACAGUCCAUCACAAUUAUUUCCUAAUGAAACUCUUGUUUAAUACUUGCUUGAUGGGGUUCUGGGAGUUCUUCUUCUCCCCAAGCCUGGCCCGAGGCCAAGCCUGGUUUGGCAAGUCUAUUUAAUGUAGAGAUUAUAAUAAUAUCAAUGACUUACUGUAGGUUAUUGUAGGUUCGUUAAUACAGUACAGUGGUACCUCCGUUUUUUUAAUUUAAUCCAUUCCCAGAGACGGUUCAAAAACCGAAAAGUCAAAAACCGAAACAAAUUUUCCUGUGAGAAAUAAUGUAAAUUGACACCCAUGUGUCAAUUUUCUUGGCACCCAUGGUGUGAUAUACUGUAUAAUAAGAACUUUCAUGUUCAGAAACAAAAAUAAUAAAAUUCUUCACAAAGAAUUCAAGCACAGUUAUCACUAGGCGGGAGACACUGGAAAACUGAAGCACGCCAUGCGCUCGGUCGGCCCAUAUGUGUAUUGACAAACUCGAGCACCGAGGCAAACCUCGAGUACGGAGUUAAAAUUUUUUAAGGAAUUAGCUCGAGAACUGAAAAAUUUGAAAAUUGAGGUUCCACUGUACCAGUAUUAGGUAAGGCUGGUUUACUCUGCGAGUUAGAACUCGCUUGCGACUAAAGUAUUUAGAAGAAAAUAAAUUGGAAAAAACAGAAAAGUUCAACUACAUUAUCAAAAUACAAAUUUCACCACAAAAUGGUAUAAUAUCACAAUGGUUAACACAUACUACAUUACAGUAGUAGAAAACAUAGUCCUGCAAACUUGCCAUUUGCAACAACUGAACACCAUACCAGUGGCACCACCAACACUAACCAACUAGUAGUUGAACAAUGGGUUCGUAGGAAAAACUUUCGUACAGGUCUUAUCUUCCAUUAGACAUUUCUGAAGAUGCAAUAACUGUCAUAAUCAUAAUUGCUGGUAUUCUUACAUACGAUAUAAAUGCAUAUUUGUGUAGCCCGUUGUGAUACCAACAAAAGAAACUUGGAUAGUAGUUUAGAAGAGGCAAGAGGUUGACAUGGCUGUUGAAAGAACUGAUUCUAGCACCGUAAUUACCUUAUUCAGUAAAUAUUCGUUAAGCUACCAUAUAUUUAUUAGAUACAGUAUGUUUUUUUUUCAUACAGUAGGACAGGGAAAGUGGUGCUGCCUUAUUUUGAGGGGUCAUCUUAUCCAGCAAAUAUAGGCCUAAAUCUGAGUUACACCUCAAAAUUUUAGGGGUCGACCUAUGAACCGGAUUGACUUGUACUCCGGCAUAUACAGUACGUAUAUUUAAAAAUGGUUAAAAAAUAAAAGGCACAAUUAAUUGAAAACAAGUAAUAAUAUAGCUAAAGAUGGCCCCUUUAAUUCCAGUUUAUCACCAUUCAAAUUUGUUAGGUUUCUCUAAUUUGAAGACUGUUCGUAAUAUUUCUGGUUAAUUUACAUCUCUCUUACCAUAUGUGGUAAACAACCACCCCACUCACUAUUCUCCCUUCCUCACUCCCGGAAUACUGGCCAAGCAACAGCAGGCACAUGCAGUAGUUGCCAUAGAUUUAAUUUGUGCCAUAGUUAUUGACUCGACAUUCUCCUUUUCUCUCGCAUAUUUUGCCAUUUGUAAAACCAUGAACAUACAUUUCUUGAUAAUUUUUGUGACUUUUUAAUAUAAUUUGAAUCCCUUCAUUUGCCAUGUGAAGGAAAUGAUUCCAUGUAAAAAUUAAGAACAGAAUUUAGUCAGGCUUUGAAAUUACAGGAAUGGAAGUUUUCCCAUAUAUUAAAGUUUGAUUAAUUUUACAUUAAUUUUAUUCAAUAAUAAAAUCUGUCAUUGUGCUUUACAUUUCAAAUAGUAUGAACGAAGCUGAUGUGUGAAUACUACUCUCGACAACACUGAUGCACAGUUUACCAGUACACCCAGCUGUGUUCCAUUUCUUAUCUAGAAAUGCUCCCUUGCCUCACUCAAUUGCUUUCUUUCAGCUAUUAUGUACAAUACCUUUUCUGCAUCACUAUAAAAACUUAACGCUCUUUAUCACGAAGAAAAAAAGGUAUGUACUGUAUAUUAUUAUUUAUUUUCUGGGGGUACCCCUUGUGGCUUCCUGAAACUAAUAUACUGAUAUUGUGCCAAACUAUAAGGUGCCGUCAAUCGCAAAGUUCUUAAUGGUCUACCAGGGACCACAAGCCAGAACUUGACCCCCUCCGGCACAGGGAGUAGUGACACUAUGAAAAAUUAUAUGUAAAUUUAUUCAUGUGUGUGUCAUCACCAAGGGAAGGCACACAGAAAGUUAGUGAAACAAAACAGACCAAGGCUAGGUUAAAAAUAAUACAGUAGCCUCAAAACAGCCUAAAAAAUGCCCUCCAACAAUGUGAGCUCAUUUGCCACCCCUCCCAACACUGUUUGUGGGGGAGGAAGGAGGCAUAUCAGGUCAGCCGGCUGUUCUACCACCAGUUCUUGUGCUGAUGUAGACAGUGCCUGGUUGCCCUCUCAAAUCUCUCUGGCUCCGGUCAUUGUCUUCAGCUAAGUGGUGCUUGCCAUUGAGGCUGUUCUGUAAACCAUGUUCUGUCCAUGCUAUACACCAUGUGUACAGCAUGGUCGUAUAUUUCGUGGCCCUAGGAUUCUUCAUCAUCUUGAUUCUUGCGGUGCUUCCUCCUCUGUGGUUAGUGUCCUUUGUGCAGCAUGAGCCAGGAGUUAUAUGUGCUCAGGGUUACAUUUAGGUAAUGUCCAAUGUCCUCGCCGAUGGUCUGUUCCAGUUUCUUCUUGUCUCCACUGAAUAGACACUUGACGUUGCUUCCUUCUUUGGCUUUGUAGGAAGUUCAGAUGCCCAGAUGUCAACCUCUUCAUGUUGGCCUGGUCUAGGCACCUACCUUUUUACAUGGCGUCAUUCCCUGACUGCACAGCGCUUACUGUAGGCACCUUUCAGCUGGACAGGUUGAGGUGGGGGUGCAUUUACCUUUUUCCCCAGUCUGGCCCUAUAGGGGGAGCGUAAUCUUUCUAGCUCCUUGGUGGCCAGACCAGCCUUGGUUUCAGCUGCUGUUUGCUGUGUCCAAACCCGGGCAUCUUUCUACGGCUUUGCAUUUUUCAGCCGGUUGGACCGAUUUACUAUGUUAGAUCGACCUUCUCCACUCUUCGCGUCUAGAGAUUUUGACGAGUGUCCAUUGCCAUUUGUAUGGGGAUCAGGUGGCUGGUUUAAUGGUGUGCCACCUGCAGUCUUCUUCUAGGCAACAUUAUGAGGUUUCUUGGUGUGUCUUCUGAUAUUUUUUGCGGCAUUAGUAGAGCCACUCCAGCUUGCAUUCGGGGUCAAUACCUCUUCAGCCCUAUUUCACAAGCUUUCUCACCCAUUGUUUUACCUCUAGUCUGCUCAUGCACGGCCUGAGCUUGCCUGGUCCCAUGACCGGGUUCUUUCUUUUCGCUCAGUUUACAGUGGCCCCUUUAGUCCGGGUAUUGUUUUUUGAAAGCUUUAUUUUUUCUUUCUCUGGUUCCUUGUGUUGGGUGGGUGAGAUCUAUGCUCUUUCAGUGUCAGGGUUUUUGUUACUUUCGCCUUGGUGGGAGCUGAGUUUUGUUUGUUUGCAGCUGGCACCUCCUUUUCUGGAGAAGAACAAGUUGGUUCGCUUCCAGAGGGGUCCCUUGGUCGUAGACGUUUAGUUGGUUUAGCUGGGGAUGCAUCAUGUGCUUUGUCCAGUGGAAGCUUUAUGCCAUUAUCUUUGUACCACCGGUUCCUUUUUUAGUGGUCUCUUUGUGGGUUGAUCGGUUUCCCUGGUUCCUUCUUCCAGAGCUUGUAUUUCUCAGGUUGUCUGCAGUGUCAUUAAAUCUAUCCAGCCUGCCCAUGAUGUGCAAAUAUGCAGCUUUGUCAACUGUCUCGGCUCAUAUGUCUUGGGCUGAUAUUUGGGCAUGGGGGUUUUGGCGGUCGAACAGUGGCUUGGCAGCCAGGUACCUUGUGAAUGUUCCUGGUCCUCAAAGGCCUUAUGUGGCCUUGUUUCUUACUUCUCUGUGGGUAGAUAGCUUCAUGGAAACCUCAAGGGGCUCCCCCUCAGGAAACCAGUGUUGAAUGUAAUGAAAUGAGCCCUAGCGGGUCUUGACAUCCUCCCCUUCCCCAGGGUUUCAGGGUGAUUUCCAUCAUCAGAAGAACUGGUGGUGGAGCAUCCGGCUGACCCGAUCUGCCUCCCUCCUUUUUCCAAACCAGAGGAGGGUGGGGAGGUGAACUGCUCAUGCUAGUUUUACAAAUUUUUGAUAGUUUGUUUAAAUUGUUGGGGAAGUUUCUUGGAUAAUUUUGAGGCUGCAGUAUGGUUUUCAGCCAAGUAGCAAGUAGUGGUCUGUUUUGCCGAUUUUUUGGGCGAUUCCCUUGAUAGUGGCAGACAUGAAUAAAUUUACACAAAUUGUCAUGAUGCCAGUGCUCCCUGUGCCCCUCUCUGAGGGAGGCCAGAUUCUGACUCGUGGUCCCCAGUAGGCCAAUAAGAACUUCGCAAUUGAUGGCACCUAGUAGUUUGCCAUUAUAUGUAGCUUCAGGGAGCCACCGGGGCUCACCCAGAAAUUGGCGUUUCAUUACAUUGAACGUUAAGUUUUUUUUACCCAUUUCCAAAAGUGUUGUGCUAUUUUUAAUUGUUCACAUCUCACAACUUUUUUAUCCUUCAUUUCCAUGUUCAUCAGCUUCUUAUACAUCUAGCAGAUUUAUUGCUGUUUUGCAUUUUUGCAACAUUAUAAAUUUAAACAGCCUAUUCUUUUUUUUCAUAUGUUGUAUUUGUAAGUGUUUCUUAAAUUAAACAUUCUGCUUUAUUUUAUUAAUAUCUGUACACUAGACUUGAUUUUUAUGCAACACAAUCGUACUUGAUUCACUUUUACACAAUAAAUGUUUAGUUAAAAAAAAAAAAGUUCAUCAUGAGUCAACAUGGUUAUUUGGCUCGGUACGCUUGGCACAAUCAAUGAAUUCUGUUAUUGUUAGAACUUUAUUCAUCCAAAUCUUACAUAAUACUUUUAUCUUAAUACUGUUUUACAGUUCAUAAGAAAAGCUACUUCCAAAAAUAAGCAUUUUGGAUGUUAUAAAGCCAUUGAGUAUAAUUAAAAACUGUUUUGUGUUUGGUUUAGUUUUGAGUUUGACAAAAAAUCUAAGAUUUCUCUCAAUUAACAUCUCAAGUGGAUGGAAAGUCAAUAGGUUUUACUCUUCUCAGAACAUUAUCUGGUCAGAUGCACCUAAUAUUGCUUUAAAAUUACUUUAAUAUUGAAUUUCAUGAAGUAUUUAUCCAAAGAAAAGCUUAAUAGGCAUGGUAAAGUCAUUUACAAUAUUUCCAAAAAUACCUUACAGCUGGUUUAAAUUUUGUGUUGAAAAAUUAAAAUUUCUUAAACUUCUCUCUUGCCUUAUUAUAGUAUAUUAUCAACAAAUGUAUUUUUUCAGUACCUGUACACUGUAUAUACCUUAUUUUUUUGUUAUGUAUAUAGCAGUUGAUUAUCUCAGAAAACAUUUUGAUCUAAACCAAAAUAAAUCAGGAAAUUUACACCAAGUUUGGAUUGACACAGAGUCAAAUAUAUCACCACACAAAAUUUCAAAUCUACUUAGUAUUGCAUUCAGGAUUUUGGAUAUUGAUAUACUUUUCUUUUCCCUAUCAUAAUUCAGAUUUUUUUUAUUUAUUAUAUAUUCUGAAUAAUCCUAAUUCCUGAUUAACCCCUUCACUUUUGAGCAUGUUAAUACUUACGGGGGAGGGAGAAGUAACUCUUGCCUCUAGCUAUGCUCAUAGAUUUAAUUAUCUACCAGCUGGUUUGUGCCUAAAAACUUAAUGAAACAUCUCAUAGUGCUUAUAUAAACUCGUGUGUGGCAAUCCUGUCAGCCACUUGGACAAAAUUCUAUAUAUAAUCUGCCUACAAGGCAAUAAACUGGAAGAGUGCAUGGUGAAAUGUUCGUGGUAGCUUUACAAAAGUUUGCUGUUGUACAAGAAUCAUAGAUUUGACUUUGUGUAUAUACUUCAUGAAAAAUAUAGACUUUCAUAGUUAUUGUUUAUAUGGUAAAUAUUGUAGGACAGUUUAACAUGAGAUAUAGUAGUACUGUACAGUAAUUAAAACAAAUUUGCAAUAUAUUUUGUAAUUAUUGCAUCACAUUUGAACGAAGCGGGUGUCACAUUCCCGAGCCUAGUGAGAGGUGCUGUCGAAUGUCUGGAUUUUCAUUUUUUUUUUUAUUAUAGUAUUUACAAUUCUACUGUAUGUACAUAAUGAAUAAAGGCUGAUUUUGCCUCCAGAACAA